AUGGAAUUUUAAAUUUCAUUCACUUAGACUUCUAAAUUUAAUAUUAAAUAUACCUUUUUUAUGAACAAAGUCACAUUUUCAACAAUUUUAGCAACCCUGAUUUUGGUUUCGGAUGUCUUUUUUAGCAAAUAUACUUAUGAAUUUAGUAAUAGCAUUACUAAGUUUUUAUAAAAUAAAUUUGAAUAUGGUUAAGAGUAAGGAACAUUUGAAUACUUUUUGUUGAUAUUCUCAACUGCAGGAGAUGCUAUUGUAACGAAUAUCCUAGCAAUUCUAAUAUGGUUCAAAGCUACCAACAAAGAACAAGCUUUAAAGAUUUUUACAAUGAAUGCUUUGGCCUCAUCAUUGGGAAAUUUGGUUAAAAUGAUAGCUGCUUAACCAAGACCUUUCUACAUUGAUGAUUAAAUAAAAUUGGAUUUUUGCUAUACUGGAUAUGGGGAUCCGAGUGGUCACUCUUUAAGGCCAUUCGUGUUUUAUGUGAUACUCUUAGAGACAAUAGUUUGCAAAAAGUAUAAACCAGAUCAAAAAUAGCUUAUUGACGAUAACUAAUUUUAUAAAGAUAAUUAAUCUUAACUGACAUAGACGGAAUAGUCAAUAUCAUGUAAUAAGAGAUUUAAGUUGUUAUAUCCGAAUUCUCCAAUUAGUUUUAAGCAAUGCUAAUUUUUUUUAGGAGUAUUUAUUUUUUUGAUUGGAAUUGGUCGUUUAUAUUUUGGAGUUCAUUUUUUAAAUCAAAUAAUCCUUGGAUGGAUCUUAGGAAUGUAUCUGUUAUACCUUUAUUAUUACUGUGGACUAGAACAAUUUAUUCAUUCUCUUUACGUUGAGGCCAAAAGAAUUAAAGAUGAGAAGACAUGUACCAAAAUCGCUAAGUAUAUCAAUUUGGGUAUUAUGCUAUCCUUACUUUACUUGAUAACAUUGAUAAUUUGUUACUUUAGACACUAUUCCUAAUAGAUACUAGAUGAGAAAGAAGAAUGGAAGAAGUUGAUACUCAGACAAGAUACCUGUCUUCAUAAGGGGCAUUAUAGUUACGAAAAGAAAUUUGAAACUUCAGAUGUUUAAUAUAUCUCAAUAAUCUUUUUUCCUUUAUACUUAUUUGUACUCUACGAGCAACCACCUGAACAACCUAAUAAAAGUCCAUUGAGACUUUGGCUCUCCAAAGGCAACAUAAUAAAAUUAACAUUAUACUUCUUUUGUUAUUUAAUACAAGAGUAAUAGAGAUACAUAAUUAAAUUGUUUGAGAAAGGGGUUCCUCGCCUAAUGAUUACUUUAAUCUUUGAGCAUAUUUACUAUAUUAAUUAUGCUCUCUUUUUGCUAAUAUUUAUACCUUUUGUCUAAACAUUAGGAAAUAAUUUCAUUAGUAAAUUCAGGAAACCUACGAGAACAAUUUAAUUAGCAUAGUUUGAAAUUGAACUUUGA